AGUCAAAAAAAUGUAGGAAACGUCAAAAAGUGGAUAAAUGAUAAAAAAGUUAACGAAUCGAGUUCCACAUGAACACAAGACGUUCCUUAUUAGUUACGAAACGGCAUUUAUUACACGAAAGAAACCAACAACACGAAAUCUACGAGACCAAAUUCGACGACAGCUACCUUCAAUCACCAUUAUAAAUAUUAUGAUGGAAACAUGCAAAGCUACGGUGCAAAGCAAACACUGAUUGUUUACACAACUCGUAAUGUUUAAUUUAGAUUCUAAACAUGUCCCGAGAGCGCCACACAUCAACUUCAUGUGCAUACCGCUGCUUAUAUACGAAACAGAGGAGUACGUAAUGAACACCGCGAGAGCCAGCGAGUCGUACGAUUAAAUGAGAGGCCGGUGAAAUGAGCCGGAAAGAAAGGGACCGGACGGACUCCUCCUCCUACAUCAAGUCCGACAUACAAGACGACAAUCCCUCGGACGCGGUCGAAGACGAGAAUGCCCAGCUCUCGCUCGAUCCCAAGCUGCAGAUGUACCUGGCCCGGGUCUCCGAGGAGUCGGGCUGCUGGGGCAAGUACUUUCCCAUACCGUUCGAACGGGCCGCGCAGAGGUCUUGGUGGGACCCCACGUUCGAUUCGGAAAUACUCGAGGAACAAUUCAAGAAGAGCUCGAACAAACGGAACAAAAUCAAAUUCAGGUUCGCCCUGAUAUACCUCAUAGUGAUCUCGUCCACAUGGCUGGCCUACUUCCUAGUAGUAGGCCUGUCGGGCAACGAACGCCACUGGCGCGUCGUGUGCGGCCUCAUCCUCGUCCUCAUCCUGUGCCUCACCCUAUCCCUGUUCUUCACGCACACCAAGAUGUUCGACGUGAACAUGACCGCCCUGACGUCCACCAUGUCCGUUCUACUAACCAUCAUCAGCCUGGUGUUCGUGAUAGUGGCCCAACCGGUGCCCGUCGGCCAUUUCGCGCUCUGCAUCCAAAUGCUGUUCCUGCUCUACACGCUCGUACCGUUGAAGCUGUACGCCAGCUUCCUGUUGGGCAUCUUCUACUCGACCGCCUACGAGCUGGUGGUGAACGCGACGCGAUCGAACCGCGACGACGCCCACGACGUCGGCGUCGCCGUCCUCAGCCACUUCGCCAUCCAUCUGAUCGGCUUCCACAUAUGCCUGAUGAACAACGUGCGCAGCAGGAACACCUUCAUGAAGGUCGGCCAGAGCCUGCUGGUGCGCCGCCAAUUGGAGCUCGAAAAACGGCUCAAGGAGAACAUGAUACAUUCGUUGAUGCCUAAAAGCGUCGCCGAUUGGUUGAAGAAAGAGGACGUGAAGAAUAGAAGGCAAUCGUCGGAUUCCACCAACGAUAUACGAUCGUUGUUUCGACCGUUCAACAUGGAUAACAUGGAGAACGUUAGUAUAUUGUUCGCUGACAUCGUGGGUUUCACGAAGAUGUCGAGUAAUAAAAGCGCCGAGGAACUGGUGGAUAUUCUCAAUAAUCUCUUCCAGCGUUUCGAUUCGCUGUGCAAGGCGCACAACUGCGAGAAGAUCUCGACGCUGGGCGAUUGCUACUACUGCGUGAGCGGCUGUCCCGACGCCCGUGCCGAUCACGCGCUGUGCUGCGUCGAAAUGGGCCUCGGCAUGAUCGGCGCCAUCGAACAGUUCGAUCGCGAAAAGGACGAGAGCGUCAACAUGCGCGUCGGCAUCCACACGGGCAAGGUGCUGUGCGGCAUCGUCGGCACCAGGCGAUUCAAAUUCGACGUGUGGAGCAACGACGUCACCUUGGCGAAUAAAAUGGAAUCGACCGGCAAGCCGGGCGCCGUGCACGUCUCCGAGAAGACGGCCGGUUUCCUCAGGGACAGCUAUUGGCUCGAAGACGGAGAGGACGUUAUGGGGUUGAAAACGUACUUCAUACUGGGCAGGAAGAGCGACAAGACGCCGUCGUACAGCGGUUCGUUCCGGGCCGAAGGGCGCCAGAAGUACGCCAAUUCGUUGCAGCUGUUCGUGUCGCCGCCGACGAACGCGUCGCCGUCGCCGACGUCGCGGCCUCGCGUGUUGUCCUGCGACACGUCGGGCAAUUACAUCAAGCCGCAGCAGCGCCAGUCGCAGCACCUGCUCUCGCCCGACGUGUGCAAGAUCAAGGCGAGCAGCCUGCCGAGCAUCUUGGAUUUGGAAAGCGACGACGCCAUUUGCGCGAAUCCCAACAACGAUAGCUCGUUGACCGACGACGUUAAGACGCCGACCAGUACGGCGAGUAGCGGAAAGUACGCCGGUCGCUUGAAGAAUUGGAAGAUACCGAAGUUUAUACGGAAAUUGUCGGAUCAAAAGCAGGAAUUGGAGGUGGACGUGUUCACCGUAUCGCCGCUAUCGUCGACCGAAGAUGGCUACCAACAAGUACCGACGAUCAUCGAAGCGACGAUAAACGGCAACAACAAACGAACGGAGCUCGACGAGCUCAAAGACAACAACAUCGACGUGAAAUCGUACAUCAGCCAGUCGCGCAGCGACAUCGGCCAGUACGAUUACGCGCUGAACGGCGAAUUCGUGCGCAGCGGCAGCUACAGAUCGCAGACGGGCCGCCCCGUCGAUUGUCCCUAUCUGCACAGGACGGGCAGCAGUCGAUCGAGGCGCGGCCGAUCGCCGAUGUUCGACAAUUUGGAGCCGACGGAGCGGGCGAGGAGCGCCACGGUGUCGGUGGGUAAUUUGCACAGGCCGAAGAGAUCGUUCGAAAUGGCCGGCAGGCUGUCGAGCGUGGCCGGCUUGGAGGAGAACGCGAACCAGAGCAGGAAGGACUCGGGCAUACGGAGCAACAGCAGAAGGAGCAGCAUACAACAGAUCGACGCUGUUUUGACGAACUCCGAAAUGCUGCACCGAGUGUCCGGCUACUACACGUCCAGCCAAUUUUCGAUCAACCGUACGCCGCAGGCGCCGCGCAAAUUCGGCCCGUUCUUCGACAAGCACGGCGCCUCCAUACAGAUCCUGCGCAAGCAAUCCGACCGGCAGCUGAUCAAGUGCGUCCAGGACAAUUCCAAAUCGAAGUCGUCCUAUUUCAUCAAGCCGCCGCUCUCCAAGCUGUCUCUGUUCUUCAAAGACGACGAAAUGGAACGGUUGUACAGGCAGAACGUCCAUCACAUAAUGACCAAGGACGAGCAGGACAUCAUGACGCUGGCCAAUUCGAAGUUCAACACCUAUUUGGACGUGGCCGUGUCGAUGCUGGUGUUCCUGAUCGUGUCGCUGGGCGGCGGGCUGUUGUACGGCGUCAACGCCGUCUGGUUGGGCAGCUUCUUCGCGUUGUUGUUGCUGCAAACGGUCGGCGUGGCGUUGUGCGUGAAGCGCGUGGUACGAUGGUUCGACGGCGCCUGUUGGUGCUUCAUCAGGUUCUACAGGUGGAACAUAUUCGGCGCUCUGCUCGUCAGCCUGCCGUUGAUCUCGGUGACGGUCAAUUUCGUAUCGAAUCGCCAAUACUCGCCGUCGGACGUGAACCGGUUCAGUUAUUUGUUCUUCGUCGGUUUGGUGCACUUUUGCAAUUUCACCCAGUUGAAUUGUUGGAUGAAAAACACGCUGGCGAGCGUCGGUAGCGCCGCGUUGGCGUUGGCGAUCGUCUUCGACGCCGACGACGGCGCCAUAGCGUCGCAUUCGAAGGCCGAAAUGGCCCUUAACGCGCUGGUGUUGCUGAUGCUCAUCUGGUUGUUGACGAGAGAAUUCGAGGUCGGCUACCGGUUGAGUUUCCACGCGAACUUCGUGGCGAACCGCGACAAGAACAAGGUGCAAAACCUGAAGAACCAAGCGGACUAUCUCAUCUACAACAUCGUGCCGGAGCACGUCGCCGAGCAGCUCAAGAAAGACGCCAAAUAUUCGGAGAACUUCAAGAACGUCGCCAUCAUCUUCGCCAGCAUCGUCAACUUCAACGAAAUGUACGACGAGAGCUACGAGGGCGGCAGGGAGUACCUCAGGGUGCUCAACGAAUUGAUCGGCGACUUCGACGAGUUGCUCGACAGGCCCGAGUUCCAUUCGGUGGAGAAAAUCAAAACGAUCGGUUCGACGUUCAUGGCGGCCAGCGGUUUGAAUUCGCAGAAACGCCGGACGCAACAGGACCCCAACGAACAUCUCUACGCGCUGAUGGACUUCGCCAUCGAAAUGCAGCGCGUCGUCGACGACUUCAACCGGGAUCUGUUAGGUUUCGAUUUGGAGUUGCGCAUCGGGUAUAAUUUCGGCGACGUGACGGCGGCGGUGAUCGGCAACACGAAAUUGUACUACGACAUUUGGGGCGACGCCGUCAACGUGGCGUCGCGCAUGGACAGCACCGGCGCCAAGGGUAGGAUACAGGUGGGCGAGCACUCGUUGGCGGUGCUCAAGGAGAAGUACGAGUUCGAGAUGCGCGGCUCGGUGUACGUGAAAGGUAAGGACGAUAUGAACGUGUAUUUCUUGAAGAGGAAGAAACCGAGGCCGUUCCUCGAGGUGCCCGACGCCGCUUUGUGAUGGUUUUUUUUUCUUUUUAUUGUUUUUCCGCUUGUUUUUUUUUUUCGCUCAAAAUUCGGGAGGGACGUUUUUCGAAAGAGUCAUACAUAUUGCUCCAUUUUUCAUUGGAACAUAGGCUAUGGGUGCACUUAUAAAGGAAAAAGAAAGAGUGACAUUAUGUCAUUGCAA